AUGACGCGUAUAGGAAUUGUCGACAUAUUUUGGCAAAUGACAGGAUGCACCGACGAUAAGAGAUUGUUGUAUUUAACAUACGUCGAGAGUUCAAUCACUAUUUUCUACUUCAUUACAACGCUCUCGUCGUUGGUUUUUUUAAAAACCGAUAUUUUGGACAUCCAACUGUUCGCUCUUCUCUGUCUGCUAAUCGAAAGCUUUAUUUUGCUAAGCAUCACGUUUCGGUUGUACCAUCAAAAUGAUUUCCGCGAGAUGAACUAUCAUUCGAAAAUGUUACGAAUACCGGAAGACUAUCAGUCGAAAAUCGACGCACUAACUGUGUAUCACAUAAUAGCACCAAACAUUUUUGUCAUCACUCCAUUCCUUUACACGGUGAUGAACGAUUCCGUGUUCAUGGGAGAUCCUUUUACGUUCCCUUACCUGGAUGUGUUUCCAAUACAGACUAAUAACGUUUUCGUCUACACGAUCAAAUACAUGGUGUAUGCCGUAUCUGUGUACAUCGCACAUCUUGAACUUAGUUUCAUAAACAUAUUGUUUAUAUAUUAUGCUGGUAUCGUGAAAGGAAAAUUAGAUUUGAUUAUAAAUGCAAUGAAAGGAGUUUUGGCCGACAACGACGAAAAAACAUUGAAGAAAGCGAUUAUACAACAUCAAGAGUUUUUGAAGUAUUUUGAAACGAUGAAGAAUGUAUAUGGUAAACCGAUAUUAUUAACAAUAUCAUUUAAUGCUAUAUAUUUUGGCCUAACUACUUCUUUAGUUAUUCAAGCUAUCCAAGGUUUUCUCAAUCCAAUUAUAUUUUCCAUUUGUGUAGCUAGUUCCAUAGCAGCUAUAAUAAAUAUGACAAUAUAUACUUCUUAUGGAAGUAUCAUGUCUGAUUCGCACGAUGAUCUAUUACGAACUCUUUUUGACUAUCCAUUACUUGUUGCAAAUAAAUCGUUUAAACGUAAUGUAUUAAUAAUGAUGACCAGAACUAUAAUUUCAUUAGAUUUUACGAUUGGUUACAUUUUUUAUCGUAAAUUUAAAUUUACUUGUAAAGAUAGUUAAAAUGUCAUACACAGUUUUGAAUGUGUUAUUAUCAUCAGGAUCAUUGAAUAAGUCUCAC